UAGUAAUUAGCAAAAGGUUCCCCUUCUUUCUGCGAAGUCAUCUUCUACUCGCAGGAACUCUCUCGACCAGCUCUUCAGCGCUGCCGUUCAAUUCAGAGUAGAAGAUUCACGAACAUUUUCUCGCCUUUAUAGAAGAAAGAAAUUGUCUUUCAAGAAGGAAGCAUAUCCCAAGCAUAUAGAAGGACAAAGAAGUAUUUACAAGGCGGAGUACCAAAAGUGAUUUUUCAAGCUUCAAAGAACCUUAAGAGAGAUCAUGGCAUCAGGGUCUAGUGGGAAGUUAAUGGCCGUCGAGAUCUACUCGUAUAACCAAAGUCUUGACACAUUUACACCGUGUCAUAGCAUCAUCACUGUGGAGUUGAGUCCGUUUGCAAAUGGAGGCAUGAGACAGGCGCAUCAUGGAUACAGGCACUCAGACUUCCAGAAAGUUGUGAUAAAGCGGGAUCUUCAGGGUGACAACAACCGAACAGACGCAGAAAAUGAUGUGCGUAUGCAGCACAGGUGUCAGGAUCUUGCUUCACAAUAUAACCAGAAUCCAGCCACUACCAAAAAGAUCAAAUUUGUUGAAGCAUUUCUGAUCGAGUUCAAUGGAGGGCCAUGGGCCGGGGAGUUUGCAGUCAUGGAGCCUUUUCUUGAGGGGUCGUAUGUGAAGCAUAGCAGAAACGUCCCUGCAGGACGCCCCAUGACACCCAGGGUAACACCCCAGGCUUUCAGCCACUUCACGUAUCACAUCACAGGCGGCCAGGAACUCGUAUGCGAUAUCCAGGGGGUAAACAAUGAUUACACUGACCCACAGAUCCAUACUAACCCACUUACGAGUCGGUAUGGAAAAGGAAACUUUGGUCCAAUGGGAAUCCAUAUAUUCUUGAAAGAUCACCACUGCAAUAGCAUGUGUAAGGCUCUUGGCCUUCCGCGGACAAACCCUUCGAAUCCUGAUUUUGAUUUUGAAGGAGGGACAGUUCCCAACUACUUCGCCGUACUGUUGCAGCGAGUCAGGAUGGUGAUUUAUUGAAAAUCACUUUUCUUGAUCACCCUUUACCCCUCAAAAAUAAAAUAAAAUCAGGCCCUUAGAGGACCUCUAAUAACUUGGAGUGUGGGAUACAGAGACAUUUAUAAAACUGAGGGGAUGGGGGUGGGGGUGCACAGCUACGUCCCUACUGAUAAUGGCUCCCCCGGACCCUAUGGGGAUUAAUGCACUAAACUAAAAAAUAUCACGCUAGUUUAUUAUUAAGACAUGUAUUUGUUGUAAAAGGAAACUAAAAUCUUAAUAUUACAAAGUGUAUUUGUUGUAAAAGGAAAAUCUUAAUAAGAAAUGUUCCACAGAUGCUGCCUAA